UAUAAUCAAAUGAAAGAGUUAGAAAAUGAAACUCCUGGUCUGGUUAUGGAAGUGAUUACCCUGGUCCUUCGCGAUGGUGACACUGGCAUAGAAGAACUCACAAGAAAUCUGAGAGAACGUGAUAUCAACUAUCCUAAGGUGGCAGAUCUUGCCCACAAGCUCAAGGGAAUUGGCUCCAGUGUUGGUGGUUGCCGGGUUUCUGCUGCUUGUGUUGAGCUCCGACAAGCAAGUAAUGCGAAAAACAAACAAAGGUGCCUUGCGGACUUUGACGCAGUCAAAUGUGAAUAUCUUGUCUUGCGGGAAAGUUUGAAUCACAUUCUUCAGAUGGAACGCACAAUCAAUGCUGAUGAGCCCAAAAGGCGACAUGAGUAAAGAGCUGGUUCAUUCAGCCUUCUAGGAACUGUCUCCAGAAGAUCAGAUGGC